AUGUCAAUCGAUCGUUCAAAUGAUUGUCGUCAUUAUAGAAAUGAAAAAGAAUGUAUGAGAAAUUGUAAUCGUACUGCAUAUGGUCGAUGUCCAGCAUGUCAACGAAAAGUUUGUUUACAACAUUUAAGUGAACAUCAUAGAAUUGAAAUUGAACCUCAUUUUGAUAUUCUUAUUGAUCGUGCAAAUCAAAUUCGGGCAAAACUUGAAACAAUGUCAAUUGAUGGAACGAAACAACGAGCACAACAAUUUGUAGAAGCAUGGAAAAAUCGAACAAUUGCAUCAAUUGAACGUGCAGUUGCAGAUAAAAUGAUUGAAAUCGAUGGAGCUUGUGCUGAAUUAACUGUUGAAAUGAGUCAAUUUAAAUUAGAUAGUUUAGCUAAAUUAAAAUCAGAUAUGUUAUUAGCAUCUCCGCACGUACACAGAGAGUAUGUACAUCCAGAUGAAUUAUCUCGUCUUGAACAGCUUUUAACUAUUAUUAAUUCACAUAUUGAUCGAUAUUCUAAACAUGAAUUACUUGAAUAUUCUACAACAACAACAACAACAUCGUCAACAACACCUCAACAAGAUGAUAAUCGCUCAUCAACACUUUGUUUUUAUCAUGAACAAUUAGAGUAUAACUAA